CCUCCUCCUCCUCACACAGGCUGAGAUCCUGGACCGACCCGAAGCCUCCCUGACAGCUGCAUACAGCGGUGCACCGAGCAGAGCAGGAAGUGUUCCAGUUGAAUCAUGGAGGGCAGCGGACAGGGCUCACAUCUCCCUCCUUCUUCAUGGAGUGAAUGUUUUGUUAUAAGGCGGAUCCGCAUGAUGAUCCCUGUUGAUUUCAACACAGAAAUCAGAGAGUUGUGUAAACUGGCCGGACCAGUGAUUGUAUCCCAGUUCUUGAUUUUUGGACUGAGUUUUAUCAGUACUGUUUUCUGUGGCCAUCUGGGGCGGAUAGAGCUGGCAGGAGUGUCUUUGGCCAUAGCAGUUAUUAAUGUUACAGGUAUAUCUGUUGGAAUUGGCUUGGCAGCAGCUUGUGAUACUCUAGUUUCUCAGACCUUUGGGAGCAAUAACCUCCUCAGAGUUGGGGUCGUUCUACAGCGGGCGAUACUCAUUUUGUUACUGGCAUGUUUUCCCUGCUGGGCGAUCCUCAUCAACACAGAACCCAUUCUGCUGGCUGUCAAACAGGAACCAGCAGUGGCCAGGUUGGCUCAGCUGUAUGUGAAGAUCUUUAUGCCAGCGCUUCCUGCUGCAUUCAUGUAUGCAUUACUCUCAAAAUACCUACAAAACCAGGGCAUCAUUUGGCCUCAGGUAAUCACGGGCGUUGUGGUUAAUAUUCUUAACGCACUCAUCAACUACAUUUUCCUUUACCAGUUAAAUCUGGGAGUAACAGGUUCUGCAGCAUCCAAUGCCCUUUCCCAGUUCUGCAUGGCAGGACUUCUCUAUGCUUAUAUCCUUUGGAAAGGUCUUCAUAAGGCCACCUGGGGAGGUUGGUCUAAAGAGUGUCUGCAGGACUGGAGCUCAUUCAUUCACUUGGCCAUCCCCAGCAUGGUCAUGUUAUGUGUUGAGUGUUGGAUGUAUGAGAUUGGAGGUUUUCUGGCAGGUCUAAUCAAUGAAGCAGAGCUUGGAGCUCAGUCAGUUGUAUACCAGAUGGGAAAUAUGGCAUACAUGUUUCCUUUAGGUUUUAGUAUCGCAGGAACAGUAAGAGUUGGAAAUGCCUUGGGAGCUGGAGACACUGAGCAGGCCAAGCUGUCUGCUAAACUGUCAAUAUUCUGCGCAGUGUCAGCCUCUGUAUGCUUGUCGAUUGCACUUGGAAGCCUGAAGGACCAUAUCUCUUAUGUCUUUACAUAUGAUGAACAAAUCAGGGAAAGGGUUGCUGAUAUCAUCACUCUUUAUGCACCAUUCGUCCUCGUAGAGGCAACAGCAGCUGCCAUGGGUGGCGUAAUGAGAGGAGCAGGUAAACAGAAAGUUGGAGCUAUUUGCAACAUUGUGGGAUAUUAUGGAAUUGGUUUUCCUAUUGGAGUGUCGCUGAUGUUUGCAGCCAAAUUAGGGAUUAAGGGUCUGUGGACAGGCCUGUUUACCUGUGUGUUUCUGCAGUGCACAUUUCUGUUGUUCUAUGUGACAAGAUUAAACUGGAAGACAGUGACAGAUGAGGCUCAAAUCAGAGCAGGAGUGCACGGGGUCUUCAAAGAUACAAGUAUCCAACAAGAUGAUGAAGGGAACUCAUGCGGCCACACAGACAGCCUUGACCUGGCUGAACCUGAGCGUGGAUCAGCAGAAAAUCCAGUGGAGAAGCAGCUCUCCUACAGGGAACUGGUGCUGCGUAGGGGCCUGGCUCUGGCUGUCAUGCUAUUUGUCCUGGCUGUUGGAAUUAUUAUAAACCUGCUGACCACGAACUUGGUCACAUGAACAUAAAAAAAAAGUCUAUUGUAUUUAGUGAAGUAUGUCUUUAUCCGCCAGUGUGAUGCAGAUGCAUGGCAGGAUGUCACGGCAGGACAUGCAGAUGAAGGGAACAAGCGCAGAUGAGCAAAAAUUACAGAAAGUGAAAGUGAUCUAUGAUCAGUGGAUUUAUAUCAAUGCAAAAUGUCACUUUUACACAGCUUUACGAUGUUACAGUGAAUCUGCCAGUGAUUUGCUCUCAGCCACAUACCUGUGAUUACUGCCACCUCUCCUAUAAUCAGAAUCAGAAAAAGCUUUAUUGCCAAGUACGAUCUUACACAUACGAGGAAUUUGUUGUGGUGAUAUUGGUGCAUGCAUCAAAUAACUAUUAAGUGAAAAUAUAACAAAUUAACAAUAUAAACU